GGCAUACGCUGAAAGCUUGCAUAGAUAGCUGAAUUGAAAUCUAUGGACGACCGCCCACACAUAACCCUGACUUAUUGCAUCAUGUAGAGUUGCGGUAGAUGUGUCGUAUCUCUGGAACAUAAAUUCCACCAACGAUGUCAUUUGAGGUAUCAUAAGUUUGACAGUACGACAAAGAGCAAAUACUGGGGAAGCGGAUGGGCGGGUGCGUACAGCGAGGGCAACGGCAUUGGGAUUGGGACACCACAGCUCCACCGCACGACGAUGACCUGGGGCAAUUGAUUUGCGAUGCGCUGCGGCCUCACAACGUCUCACUCUCGAGAUCAAUGUGAUCUCUUUGAUGGGACCAGCGUGGUCAAACAGCAGUUGGGCCCCCGAGGUAGCUCAGGCGAUAGAUCGUCUGUGCAGUCACUCGGAGGUCCUAGAUAUACCUAUUGAUACUGACGUGUCGACGAUUGCGAACUCGCGAUCGGGGACGGUGAUAGAAGGACGAUUCCGUUGAAGCCGCCCAGCGAGCAGUCGC